UCAAGUGUGUGUGAAUAUUCAACGUGACUUCCAGCUGCAGUGAAGGUAAAUGCAGUUGCUUGUGGAUUGUAUAUAAGAAAGCAGCUUCGACUGUCCUCGCGCCCACACACGUCAGAACAGUCCACAAUGAUGAAGUACAUGCUACUCUUGGUACUGGCGGUCGCCGGAAGCCUCGCCCAGGACUACGAGGAAUGCGACGCGUCCAUUUCUGAGCAGUGUCCCACGGAGGAUGGAGAGCUCCCCGUGUACUUCCCGGACCCCAACAACUGCGCCGCGUAUUGCGAGUGCUCCGGCGGCACCGCCUGGCACUUGCUGUGUGGGCCUGGCACGCUCUGGGACGUCGAGAACAACCUGUGCGACUGGAGUGACCACGUCGACUGCCAGGAUCGUCCCAUCGUCCCUCCUCCCAAAUGACUUCCACUGCGGAAACAAGGCAGUGCCUCUCAGGAAAAGCUAUCGGGUUGAGGUUAUUUGAGGAAUUAAAAGUAAAGAUAGA